UUUGUUCUUUUGGCACUAUUUAACCAAUCACGUAUAAACACUAGUUUGUUACUAAACUGAUAAAUGUAACCAUAUGUCAUCGAUGUCAAAAUACAUUUUCAUGUUUUCUUGAUGUUUUCUGAUUAUAAAAUGGAAAACAUACUUGUAGAAUAGCCGAUUAUAUUUAGAAAAUGGGAAACGAAUCAUCCUCAAAUUUAACUGGAUUCAAAUUGGAUGAUAAAGCAAUUGAAGUGACUGAUUUUUGGGUACAUCAUUCAGCAAAAAUAACUAAAUCAGAAUAUUCACAAGAUUUAUCAGUGUUUGUUAGUGAUUAUGUGAUAUGUGGUACUCUAUGGGAUAAAUCACCAUUGGAAAAGUAUACAAAGAGCUUAAUGUUAUAUCGACAUCCAUGCAUUUUAAAGUACAUAUCAUCGUGGAAUAAAGGAUCAAAAUAUUAUUUAGUUGUAGAAAAAGUACGUCCAUUAAGUCAUGUACUAGUAACACAAUCAACAAUACAAAUUUGUAUUGGUUUAUAUUCAAUAUUAAAAGCAUUAAUAUUUCUUCAUAGUAAAGGUUCUGUAUCACAUAAUAAUAUAUGUGCAGCAUCCAUUUAUGUUACACAAGAUGGUAAUUGGAAAUUAGGUGGUCUUGAAUUUUUAUGUAAAUACGAGACUUUAACGAAAGAAUAUUUAAGUAAGACACGGAGUCAUCGUUAUGAGAAUGCAAUUGAUUCAAAUGAGGAUAAAUAUUUACAAGAUGAGAGUGUAGAACCGGAUUUUAUUGAUUUGUAUGCGUUUGGUGUACUUGCUGAGGAAAUUUUACGCAAACGAUUAGAUGACGAAAUUCUUGGUGGUAUAAAAGUAUUUUAUGAAUUUUGUAAAAACGAAAUGCAAUCGUCUGAUAUAAAAAAACGACCUAGAUUUACAGAGGUCAUAACACAUUCAUUCUUUAAUCAUGAAUUUGUAAAUAUUUAUACAUUUUUAAAUGAAUUACCAUUGAAAACUGAAAGUGAAAAAGGAAAAUUUUUUUCAACAUUAAUUGAAAAAUUAAAAACUUUUCCGGAAGAUGUUGUUGCGGAAAAUUUAGGUGAAUUACUAUUAUCAAGGCUUGUAUUAUUAGAUUAUACAGCAAGAAAAGAAGUUUUACCAAUCUUAUUAUGCCCACGGGGUGAAGGCGAUUGUAAUAACUCUAGUUAUUUAUUUUCAAUUGAAACAUUUAAAAAAUUUUUAAUACCAAAACUUUUACAAAUAUUUAAAGUAACCGAUUUACAAAUACGUGAAUUAUUAUUAUUGCAUUUUACAAGUUUUAUAUCAUGUUUUUCCAAAGAUCAAUUAAAAAAUUAUAUUUUACCGGAGUUAUUACUGGGUAUAAAAGAUCGUAACGAUAAUUUAGUUGCAAUGACACUACGAUCAUUAGCUGACUUAGUACCAAUAUUGGGAGCAGAAACAGUGAUUGGAGGUAAACGUGCCAAAUUAUUUAGCGAUGGACGCCCAUUAGCACAUAACGAAACAAAACCACCACCUACGUUACGAUUAACAUCACAUAAACAUCAUGUUGAACCCCCAUUACCGGUAUUAUUAGAAAUACCGUCCGAAGAGACUGAAGAUAUGAAAGAAAUCAAUGUACCCGAAUCGUUACCCGAACGACCAAGUCCAGAUGGCGGAGAGGACAACGAUGUAUCAACAACUGAAGACGUUGAUUCAAAUAAUAUACACGAAGAAGAAGAAUGGUCUGAUUGGGAUAUACAUGAAUCAUCGGAUGAAACGAUUAAAGAAAUUGAUGAAAAACCAUUAUCACCUAUUAAAAUCGUUGAAAGUAAUAUACCACCUGAAAUGAAAAAUCGCAAAAUUGUUUUACCUGAUAUUACAGAAUUGGACAUUAAAAACCAAAGUUCAAAAGUGCUUAGUUCGAGUUCAUCGGAUGAUAUAAAUUUUUUCCAAGAUAUGGAACCCGUUAUUCAGAGUUCAAAUAAAUAUUUAAUUGACGAUAAAAAAACUGAGGUAGCUCAACCAACGACAUUGGACAAUUUUAGUGUUAAAUCAGAUUUAGUGAUACCAGAAGAUGGAUGGAGUGAUGAUUUAGAUUGGAAUAUUGAUAAUAAUUAAUUGUGUACAAAAAAAAAAGAUACAUUUAUAUCGGCAAAGUAAUUGGAGCAAUAUUAAAAAUUGUAUAUAUUUCACACUAUCAGUGUUAUGGAAACUUAAAGAAGUGCGAGUACGAUAACUUGAAUUAGAUAAAAGUUGUAACUUUUUAUACUGCAUUUAAAUACGGACAAAUUCUGAAAAUUUGAGCGAUGUUACUGGUGCUUUGAAUUAUGUAUUUGUUGUCAAAUUUCAGGAUCUUUUACUUUCUGUGAGAUGACGGUUGAUGUUGCGGUCAGUCAUCCUCUCUUUAAAUUUAGCAUUCUUUAUAUGUUUUUUCUAUAGCAAGAAAAAGAUAUAUAGUAUGUGGAAGGAACUAACUCUGUAGAGAAAGCGGCCGCUCACAUAAAAAUGCGAAUACAUUUUUAGUUAUGCUGAUCAUGCUUAAUAAUAUUGAUAUGUCGCGCUUCUUCAAGCAGCGCAGGCAUAAUCAUUAUCGAACCUCGAUACAAUUUUCUGAGCACCUUGACGAAUCGUUUUGUCAAAUAUAAAUACGUUACAUUACAUGUAUCGUUUCGAGAUCUUCAGAAUACGAAUAUUUGCAAAUUAGUUUUAAUAUCGAAAGGGAGGGGUAGUAAAAAAAAUUGGAGGAAAGGUAAGAAUUUAGAACAAAGUGGAACUUUUCUCAUUAAAUUAGAAUUAUCAGCCACCUUAUUUACGGGUAAACCGUAGAGUGACGGCAUAUUUUUUUUUUAAAGUACGAAUUUGAAAAUAUUUAUAAUGUAAUGUAUCUUCUUCAUAAGAUCAAAUUUGUUUUUAUAUAAGAUUUUAUUUUUGUUCUAUUUUCUGAGCUCACAAUGAGUCAGUGUACUUUCAAAAUUACCAGUUCUAGAGAUGGUUGAACCAAUUAAGGACAAAUAAUGUUAUCUUUUUAUUCUAAUCUAGUGCAAGUUUAUGUUAUUUUUUAUAUUGUAUAUACAAUUUCCAAUUUU